GCGUUAAACUAUAACAUAGGCAUUAGGUAGUAAAACUAGAAAAUGAGGUAUUAUGAUUGCAUAUCGAUGUUUUAAAUAAGUGUUUUCUUUGGCCAAAGUGCUAUACAAAAGUAUUUUCAUUUCAAAUUCCUAAUUAUAUAUUAAUAAUUGUAUAGUAGUUAGUAUUGUGCAUUAAAAUGGCUCCAAAUGGAAGAAGAGGCUCAGUGGACACUGAUUCCGGUUCCGAUUCCGACAGCGGUUCCAGUGCAAGUCACAGCAAAAGUGCUAGUCCGGCACCAUCUGGUAAAGAAGGCAGUCAGUCUCGAUCGGUGUCCAGAAGUCCUGCAAAAUCUGGAAGUGAAUCUCCAAAGUCCAAUCGCUCUGCUAGAUCACGGAAAUCAUCGAACGCAUCAAACGCGUCCCGUUCAAAAUCAAACUCCCCAGCUGGGUCUAACAGGUCAGGAUCCGCGCAGAGCAACAAAUCCGCUUCGUCAAGUCCAAAAUCGAGGGCAUCCAGAAGUCCCAGGGCGUCAAAAUCCAGAUCCAGAUCCCGUAGUGGGUCAGGCAGUGCUAGAUCUAGAUCCGGUAGCGCUCGGUCCAGGUCAGGUAGUCCGAAAUCCGGUGCACAGAGCCCAAAGUCCAGAUCGCAGAGUCCAAAGUCACGAUCGCAAAGCCCUAAGUCUCAGGGUGCUAAAAGUGGGUCUCGUUCGCGUAGUGGAAGUCCUAAAAGCAGGAAGUCGAGAUCUAGGUCAGGAAGUGCGUCAUCAAGAUCGAAGAGUCCAGAAGCCAGACCGGAUGUAGCCGACAGCAGAUCCAAUUCACCAAAUCUCAUGAUUGACGACCAAGCCAAGGAAAAAUCAGGAAGCAGAUCUAGAUCGCACUCAAAAUCCAGAUCCAGAAGUAAAUCUAAGUCAAGAUCCAGAAGCAAGUCGAAGUCGAAGUCAAAAAGCCGUUCGCGAUCGCGUUCGAAGAGUUCUAACGCUUCAGAUGUCGGCGGUAAGAAGAAAAGCUCCGUGCUAUCUGACUCGGAGAGUGAUGCUGGGCAGAAAGGUCCCAAACGUAAGAAAGAUUCAGACAGCGGCUCCGACACGAGCAACAAACCUAAGAAGAAGACGAAGAAACUUGACUCUGAUGAUGACAAUCAGGAGGCAACCGUGACAGCCGAUGCGUUAUUCGGCGACGCGUCCGACAUCAGUACGGACAAUGAGGGUGAGAAGGAAAGGUCGAGGUCGAGGUCCAAGUCGAGGUCGAGGUCACGCAGCCGCAGCAGGUCCGGUGACGAGAGGCGCUCUGACGACGCCAAGGGGAGUGGAGACGAGGAAAAUAGGGAGAAACCCGAAGAGGAAGAGGAGAUUGAGAUCCCUGAAACUCGUAUAGAUGUGGACAUGCCUAAAAUAUGGACGGAACUUGGCAAGGAAUUGCAUUUCGUGAAGCUUCCCAAUUUUUUGUCAGUGGAAACUAGGCCUUACGAUCCAAAUACAUAUGAAGACGAGAUUGAUGAAGAAGAAACGCUCGAUGAAGAAGGUCGUGCGAGGUUGAAGCUCAAAGUGGAGAAUACGAUACGCUGGCGGACGGUGUUCGAUAAAGAAGGUAACGCUGUGAAGGAAUCCAACGCGCGGAUGGUGAAGUGGUCCGACGGGAGCAUGUCCUUACACCUCGGCUCCGAGAUCUUUGAUGUUUACAAGCAACCUCUACACGGCGACCACAACCAUCUGUUCGUCCGUCAAGGCACGGGUCUCCAGGGCCAGGCGGUGUUCCGCACCAAGUUGUCGUUCAGACCUCACUCCACGGACUCGUUCACACAUCGCAAGAUGACGCUGUCUGUGGCGGACAGGUCCACGAAGACGUCCGCUAUAAAAAUACUGUCGCAAGUAGGCAGCGACCCUGACGCGGACAGGAAAUAUCAGCUGAAGAAAGAGGAGAUGGAGCUGCGUGCUGCGAUGAGGUCCCGGGUGUCCAGUCGACCCAAGAGGAGGGCGGGCGCGGGCGGGGGGGCCCGCGCUCACAGGCACGACGACUCAGAGGACGAGGGCGGGGUGUCGCUGGCGGCCAUCAAGAACAAGUACAAGGCUGGACAGAAAGCGAGCGCCGGGGCCGCGAUCUAUUCGUCGGAGUCUGACGGCUCGGAUGUGGAGACCCGUCGCGCUAGGAGGCUGGACAGGGCGAAGGCUUUGAAGGACUCCGACGACGAAGCGAGUCCCGGGAACAACACGCCGCAGCAGAGUCAAAGCGGCUCGGGCUCCGGCAGCGGCAGCGACUGAUACAACACUGUUCAUGUAUUAAUAUAUACUUUAAAAUAUA